AUGGCAACCUUGUUCUUGAUAAUUAGCUUUGUGCUUCUCAUCAUGGAAACCCUCGUUGGGAUAGUAGCAAAUGGAUUUAUUGUCCUCAUCAAUUGCAUUGACUGGUUCAGAAGCAAGAAACUAUCCCCCACUGACUUGAUCCUGAUCUGUCUUGGCUUAUCCAGAUUAAUGUGGCAGGCACUAGUCAUGCUGCAUCACACAAGACAUUUGCAGCACAAUGGAAUUGGAGUCAGGGAUCUCAACACCAAUGUUCAUUUAAGUGCCAUCAAAGCUCUGGCUUCCUUUGCUGCUUUGUACCUCUCCUGUUGGCUAGCCAUCAGUUUACAAACAAUACUGUAUUGGAGAAGAAACAAUGGUUCUUGGACAUCUGUAUUUUUCCACAAUAUCAGUGCUGCGUAUCCCUCUGGACAUGCUGUUAUCCUGAUAUUAAUCAAUCCCAAACUGAAACAGGCAUGGGUCAGGAUGAUACAUCGCAUAAAAUGUCAUGUGAGUGAACCACCAUCUUAA